AUGAAACAACUGAAAAGAUGCGGAAAGGCGUCACGCACAGAGACACUGCUGAUGGUACAGAUGCUUUCCAACUCAUUCAUGAUUUUGAUCAAUUUUCUUGUCGCUUACUUUUUGGGGAUUUUUAUUGUAACCUUUCUUGGCUGGGCGAUGCUCGAUAUUUUGGAUCGACUCAUCAAUUUUAAUCAGGCACUCCUUUUCGGUUUAGCUUCGAGUACGAUGAGCAUUCUUUUCCUACGAAAGCCGAGAGAACGUGCGAGGACCAAAUCGACGAUUGUAAAUCAAACCGCAUCCAGAUAUCGUCAU